UAGCAGGUUAAGUUAACUAAAAUAAGUUUUAUAAUGCAGCAUGUGAAGUUUGUUAAAAAAUUGGUCUAACUACUCAAGGCUAGCAUGCAUUAGAUUAAGAACAGUUGGUACAUGGUUUAAAUAAAAAGAUGACAAUUUCACCUUUUGAUGCUGACAGCGAAUUUUGUAAUAGUAAUUUUAAAAAAGAGAGUGAUUUGUUUUCCUUAAAUCCCCAAGAAUCUCAUAUAUUUGGUGGUGAUUCAAUAGCUAUUUCUCUUUUUGGAAAUAAGGAAAUUUUUGAUGACGACUCUCAAUUUUUUGUAGUCUUUAAAGGUUCCAAUCUUUAUCACAUUACUUCUUCAAAAGUUUAUUCUCCUGCAAUAUUGCAAGCAAUCAUACCAUAUCAUGAUUGUGCUGAAGUUGUUGAGGUUUCGGUUCUUCAUUUAAAGGUUUCAGAAAACAUAACAUCUGAAAUCUUUAAACAAACUUUCACUUUUUACGAAGACUCUGUUAAUAUAAUGGCAAAAGAGCUUAUUGAAAAUGCAUUUAAUAGUGAUGGUCUAUUUAAGUUGCAAGGAACUUAUUCUAGCGAACUAAAAAUGUUAGGCAGGGAUAAAAAUAUUCUUGAUUCUAAGCUUGUUGAUUCAUUAAUGAAAUUAUCUUUUCCAACAUUAUGGGGAACAGGUGAUACUGCGAGAACAGUGGAAACAGGAGGAACAGAGAAUACCAAUCAAAGUCAAUGGACGCUUCUUCACUUUUGUGCAAAAUACAGACUUCCUCUUAUGGCUGAGUAUUUGUUAACAAAAAAUGGUGCCAAUAAAGUUUUAAAAGUAACAGAUUCUAAAGGAAGAACACCUCUUGAUAUUGCCUGUAAAAUUAAGCAUAGCAAAUUGAUAGAAUUAUUUUCAAGAAAGCCAUGUGAAUCAGAUUAUAUUGAUAAAGUAGAAAUAAAUGUAAACAGACCUGUUGUCAAAAGACACAAGAUUGGAACUAUAACAAUUACUAAUAAAAUUCCAGAAAGCAAGGAGAUUGAUAUAGAUAAAGGUCUCAUGCUUUUGAAAGAAUUGGAUUUAUUGUCUACUAAUGCGAGUGAGAAUUUGCAAAAGUUUGAUGAUUCCGAUGAAAAGUCUCCAUUAGCUGAAAGCUUAAUGAAGCUUCAGGAGAUUAAUGCUGAAAUUCGAAGAUUAAGAAGUUUAAGUUAUAAAGAAAUUGAAGAUGAGAGUGAAGGUGUUAUAUCGGAUUCAGAUGAAGAGAUAAACAGUAAAACUGUACUAGAUAGUGAUAAAGCACUUGAUACUGACAUCUCAAUUAAAGAAGAUUCAAAAAUUGUAUUAAGUGACAAUGAAGAUGAAAUUGAAAAAAAUUAUUUGCCAAAAAGGCGAUUGAGCAAUGUUAUUGUAGGUUUCAUUGAGCAACCACAUAUUACUGAGGUUGCAGAAGUUGUACCUACUUUGUUUAAAGAGAUAGAAGUGUUGCCAUGUACAAUGGAAGAAGUUAUAAAUAAAAAUUCAACUAAUGACAAUAGUAGAAAUUCAGAUAACCAAUUAAAUUCAGAAAAUUUAGCUGCUGAAACUAAGAGUUUUUUGCCGCCAGAGAAUAAUAUAGUAUCAGAUGAAACUGAAUCUUUAUCUUCGGGUAGUUCGGAAAAUCUUUCUGAUAUAAAAACUGACGAUCUAAACAAUUUACAAGAAUUAAAUUUUAAACUUGAGUCUGUUUUAGAAGAAACAGAGGAUGAUCUUAAUGAUGACAUUUUGCAUAAACAAUUAAAAAGUACCAUGCAUUUAGCUAAAGAUGGUAGCGAUUCAUCUCUAGACAUGUCUAAUCAAACAUUGCUUAAAAAGAUGCCUGCCAUUCGCAGACAUUAUACAGAAAGUAAAAAUGACAGACCACUAUCUGAUAGCUUCGAAAAUCUACGGAAGGUAGAAAAGGAAGGUUUAUUUGAACUUUUUCAGCAAGAUCCUAAUUUAGACAAAAAAGAAAUUGUAAAACGGGUUCUUAGCUUAGAUCAACUCACAAACAAUAAUACAAAAUCUGAUGCAGAUGAUUUUGUUGAUCGGCAAAGUCAUACAAGUCUUAACAAGGAAAGUCAAAACAGCUUGAACACUAAUGAUAGCGAAAGUUCGCUUGUAUCAGAUGCUGAACAACAAGCUUAUAGACAGCGUUCAGAUAGCAAUAAAAGCACAACUGUAAUGGGAAGUUUUCUUAGUACUUCUACUUAUUCGUUAAAUGACGCUCAGUUGUAUGGAGCAAGUCAUGGUCAUGACUUGAACAAUGGUAAAUUUCCAAAAAAACCAAGUCUUCUUAGUAAAAUCUCAUUUAAGAAAGCAAAGUCAAUGACAUCUCUUAGUGAAGAUAAUAGUACUGGAGCUGAUGUUAAAAAAUCUGAAUUAGAUGCAGUUAGGGCCAACAAAGCAGCAAGCUUUAUUUUGAAUGAAAAAGAUCUCAAAAAGUCACAAUCAUCUGUGUCUAUAAAUAGUGUAAUGAAGGAACCUCUUAAUAAAAGAGAUAGUCGCAGACUUUCAACAACAGAUAUUCCAAUAAGCCGAUUAAAAUUAAGUGAAGAUACAGAUGAAGAUACUGAUGAAGGAACCAGUCUUACAAUUGCAAAUGAUGGGAAGCGCAAAACAAGUGACGAUAGAAGUAAGCGUAUAUUUGGUAUCAUAUCAACAAACAGAAAAAUCGAAAAAGAUAAAAAGGUUGUGAAAGAAAAAGAAAAAAAAAUCAAAAAUCAAAAAGACAGAAAAGAUUCUGAUCCAAAAGUAAAAGGAUUGCCUAUUAAACUGCCUAUUAAAUUAGAGUCAAAGUCUGAUAAGUUAUCUGGUAGCUUCUUACGAGGAAAUUCAUUUCGAACUACAAAAGCGGUUACCCCAGACUCUAAAACCAAUGCAGAAAAUCAUAAAGCGAUGUUCAUGAGGAAUCCUAAAGAUGGAUCGAACAAACUUAGAGGUUCUGAUAGAAAGCCAGUUGUUACGCAAAAAAGUAGCUCUGUUGAAUCAGAAAUUGAUUUAAACAUCGAAAGUGGCAAUGAUAUACCCUCUAUCUCACUCAGCCAAUCUCAAAAUUUGAGUCGUUCAAGGUCUCCUAGUGAAUCCGAUGAAUCAAGUAUUCAUGAUGACACAGAUUUUAAUGCAUCUAGCUGUCAAGAAAAUGCAUAUGACUCUGAUUUGGAUGCUAAAGAUGAACCUGAAACAUGGAGUGAGCUUGUGGAUAAAAAAGUACAACGCAAAAUGCAAGCCAAAGAUAUCAAGCGACAAGAUGUUAUAUAUGAGCUAAUUCAAACAGAAGCUGUUUAUGUUCGUGUGCUUUACAUCAUGAGAAAGAUUUAUGCUCAUGGAAUGACAGAGGUAUUAAAGAUGGAUCAUAGUGUGGUUGACUCAAUAUUCCCUGGUCUUAAUGAGCUCAUCGAAUUAAAUGGUAGUUUCUUGAACAAGUUAAAAGAGAGACAACAAAGUAGUCCAAAUUACUGCAUUGAGAAUAUAGGAGAUAUUCUCAUUGAUUUUUUUGGUGAAGAAAAUAGUGAAAUGCUAAAAAAGACCUAUGGUUAUUUUUGCAGCCAUCAUGCUGAAGCAUUGUCAACAUAUAAGGAAAUACUUAAAAAUGAUAGAAUUUUUGCAGCAUAUAUGAGGAGCUGCAUGCUUAAUAAAAGAACACGCCGACUGUCUAUUCCAGAAUGUAUUACAUAUGUGACGAUACGCAUAACAAAGUAUCCUCUUCUCAUUGAAGCAAUUAUGAAAGCAACAAAAGAAUCAAAACCUGGUUAUGACACUUUAAAAACUGCACUUAAUUUAUCAAAGGAGUUUCUUGUUGCAGUUGAUGAAAGUGUUAAUGCAUAUGAACAGCAAAAGGUUUUAGAAGUUCUUAGGAAGAGUGUUGAUAAAAGAAGUGUAGUUGAAAUUAAAAAAAUGGAUGGGGGAAAGUCUACUUUUUAUGCAAAUAAGUUAUUUACAAGACGCAGUAGACUUAUGUAUGACAAAAAGUGUGUCUUACGAGGCAAAAGCAAAAAUUAUGAUACUCGAAUGGUUGUUUUGGCAGACAAGCUGAUUUUUUUAACAGAUAAUGGUGGUAAAUUGCAACUGUUGUCUAUUGAUAAUAGGCCACCUUGUCUUUCUUUAAAAAGUCUAAUGGUUCGAGAAGUUGCCACAGAUAACAAAGCUUUAUUUUUGGUGAGUAAUGGUGAACAUGGUGCUCAAAUGUAUGAAGUUAUUUGCGACAGUUACAAAGACAAAAAAGAAUUUAUGCCAAAGCUUCAAAGCUAUAUUAAAAACUGCCCUGAUGAGGGUGAUAAUACAACAGAUGAAGAAGAAAUAAAAAAAGAAGAAGCUGAGAGAAUGGAAAGACUCCUUGAAUAUAUUGAACAAUUACAAUCAGCAGAUGAAAAAAUUAGUAAAAUAUUUUCUGAAAAAAAUAAAUUUUUAAGCAACCUUAGAGAACUUUUAGAAACAAUGGAUGAAUCUGGAGUUUUAAAGGGUCCACCAUGUAUUUCUGUUAAACGUGUAGAUAUUGAAAACGCUAGAGAAACUCUGGAAAACUGUCUUUCAGAAGUGAACGCUCUUGCUUCAAUGAUCUGUUCUUACAAUGUUGAUUUAACAGUUACAAGUCCAUCACCCACUCCUAUAAAUAAUUCAACAAACUCUCUCAAUAACUCUACUCAUUUACCUCGAAGCGAAACCUUUACCGCCGCUGAGCGUGCCAAAUCGGUUUCUACCUCAAAUAAUAUUAAUCGAAUAUACUCAUUAAAACCACAUAAUCGAACUGUAAACUCAGUUGUGGAAGAUUCAAAACCAAGGCGACAAAGUCAACUUUUAUCAGCUUUGAGUCGUGGAACAAGCCAAAAGCUUAUGGGUUCUAGUGAAGAUUUAACCUCGGUAGCAUCUUCUGUGUCAUUGUCGAGUUUAUCGACUGUAACAUCAGCACUGUCGCAGGUUUCGUUAUUCCAAUCGCUAAAAGAUCACUUGAAUUCAUUAGUUGAUGUAACUACCAAACAGGAUUUGGAAGUUGCAAAAAUGCGUUUCGAUCUUCAAGAAUCACGUUCAGAAAACGUGCGGUUAGUUGAGGAGCGGAAGCAACUGGAAGAAAAACUAACUCAGCAACAAAAAGACUCAGAACGUCAGUUACGUUACGAAAACGAAAAAUAUUUGAAAUUAACUCGUGAAUUUAAGCGUAAUAAUGACAGACUUAAUAAACAAAUGGAAGAGAAAAAAAAUCAGUAUCAACAGCUACUUGAUGCCUAUAACGCCCUUAACAAACAUUCAGGGGAACUUUCUAAUCAAGCAGAUGACAAUCAAAAAGCUUCUGACGAUGUAUUAUAUUUUUGAUACUGUUGCCGUUUUUGAUAAAGCAGCUCAUUCGUUUAGUAAUUAUCAAAUAUAUUGUAGAAAGUGGACCUUUCUGCAGUUUUUAUAUUUUUUUUAGUGUUAAUUUUUUAGCUCUUUCAAAUUUUUACUCAUAGCAAGCCUAAUUUUCGAUUAUUUUUUAUAUAUAUAUAUAUCAAUAAGUUCGACAGAAAAGAUUUGGAUUAUUUUGCGAAUUUGUUUUAAAAAAAAGUAAAAACUAGCAAAUCUUUCAUUUUAAACCUUCCAGAGAAAACCCUCAGGAGCUUGUAAAUUUUUAGUAUCGUUUGUUUGUAUAUAAGACAAUUGCGGUAGAGAGCUCAUAUAUUUAUCAAAAUGACUUUAUAAAUUCCUUAAUGUAAAGUUGCAAACAUGUGCUAAAUGGUAUGUUAUAUAUUUUCAGGUGAUUUUUUUAGUGUUUAGUCUUUAUUUGUUUUGUGAAUGUCUGUGCUUGCUGUUUGUUUUUGUUUUGUUAGUAAUUUAUUAGUAAGAUAGUACUACUAUAAAUAUA